GGUUUCCCUGGCACCACACGGACAUUAAACCAAUAAGUGGAAGGCAGAAUCGUCUGCGGAGACCAAGAAGAGUAACGAGGGUCGGUUGCUGGAGGCUCGGGGCGCGGUGGACCCCGGGCCGCGAGAGCUGCCGACUAACUUGACUGGUGGCUUUUUCUUGUAUUCCCGAAAUAUAUUGCCUACAAUAGCCACAUGCAGGUCUCGCUCGAACUUGAGAGCCGCCGCCAAGUGUUGUGUGCUGCGUUCCGUUGCUUUGCUAAAACUUUGCUGGCUCAGCACGCUCCUCGCUCGUUAUUCGUCUGGUUGGAUUCGGCUGCGGCAUAGCUCCAGCACGGACGGCAGUGUGCAUUUCUCGCAGCGCAGUUCACAGUUCGGUUGGAUCCUAAGCGGAACGCACUUGGGCGAAGAAAGCGAAACUCCGCGUCUGCCUGAAUCUAUUCCUCACUGGAGUCGGCAUUUUUGAUUUGUGUUUUCCGAUUGUGACCAGUUUGCUCUCAUCCUGCAAUUGGAGUUGACUCGCGGAGGAGUGGGUUGCGGUUAUUUCACGAGUGGGUAAUUGGACUCGCGCACCUUUGUUUGGAGGCGAAUAUCGGCCGCUGCACUCUCUUCAGCUAUUCCGAAAGAAGCUAUUUGUGACUGCAGACCAUCCGGUCGCCGGGAAGCAGCGGAUUAUCCUCUAUAGCAAAAUGUCGGAUGGAAUCGAGGUCGAGCAAAUCAUCGAAACGAAGCCCAAAAAGCUUCCAAUGGCUACAUCUAUAGAUAAGGAUUCCAUUCGAGAGGUAUACGAGGAUGUGAGAUCUGAUUUUACGGACACAGAAUGGGCCGUGUUCAAAUUCGAUGGAUCGCAAAUUGUAUGCACUGCCAAAGGUCAAGGUUUUGACGAAUUUAAAGGUCAAUUCACAGAUAAUGAACGUGCCUUCGGCUAUAUUAGAAUACAAAUGGGUGAUGAAAUGUCCAAAAGGAGAAAGUUUCUUUUCCUUACAUGGAUUGGUCCCGAAGUCGGAGUUAUUCAACGUGCCAAAAUGUCUACAGAUAAAGCCAUCAUCAAAGAUGUAUUAAGUAAUUUUGCUGUUGAGAUUCAAGCUGGUAACGAUACUGAGCUGGACAUAGAACUUUUCAGAGAUGCGUUGAAUCGUGCAGGAGGUGCUAAUUAUGGCACUGGAGUCCGCGACUUAUUAUGAAAAAUGAACAUGGAACCAAUACAUUGAGCAAUCAAUCAACCAAUCCAAAUUUAGCAUAAGUACUUAUAGUGAUUUAUCAAGUCAAAAUUAUUUAUAUCGCAAUACUAUUAUGGAGGUUAACUAUUACUUGACAGAAAUAUUUGAUGAGAUUGCCCAGUUCAAAAUUGUGUAGUAGCAUUUCAGUAUUUUGCAUUAAGAAAUUUUUUAUAAGAAGAACGCAAUGCAACACCAGAGCCUUGAGCAAGUUUUAUAAUAAUUUGACUUUGAACUUUGGCAUUAUAUCAAGAUAAAGAAACGUUGAAUCAGUACUGUAUAAUGUAAAUUUGUGUAUAAAAUAAUAAUAACAUUAAUAAAGUAUUUUUUCAAAUUUUCUAAUUUAGAAAA